AUGGAUCAUGGUCAAUGGAUCAUGGUCAUUCCAGUGGAAUCUCUUCCCGUAGCUCACAAAAUCAAAAGUCUGCCUGGCCAGCCACAGGUAAGUUUCCAACAAUUUGCUGGCUUCAUCACCAUUGAUGAACAGAAACAGAGAGCUCUUUUUUACUACUUUGUUGAAGCUGAAGGAAACCCUGCUUCAAAGCCUCUUGUUCUCUGGCUAAAUGGAGGGCCUGAUUGUUCAUCUAUUGGAGAUGGAGCUUUUACUGAGCACGGACCCUUUAGACCAAGUGGAAAUAAUCUUGUCAAGAACGAGUAUAGUUGGAAUAAAGAAGCAAAUAUGCUGUACCUGGAGUCUCCAGCUGGAGUUUGUUUUUCUUACUCAUCUAAUAAAUCAUUUUACAGCUAUGUGGACGAUGAGAUUACAGCACAAGACAGUCUCUUGUUCCUGAAACUCUGGUUUGCCAAGUUUCCAGAAUACCAAAACAGAGAUUUUUUUAUCGCAGGAGAGAGCUAUGGCGGUCAUUAUGUUCCACAACUUGCACAUCUCAUUGUUCAGUCCAAUGUGAAGUUCAAAUUGAAGGGGAUCGCUAUAGGGAAUCCUCUUCUGGAAUUCGCCACUGAUUUCAAUGCGCCGGACGUGUAUUACUGGUCUCAUGGCUUGAUAUCUGAUGCUGUUUAUAGCCUUCUCAAUAAACAUUGCAACAGUUCUCAGAUAAUGCGAGAGGCCAUAAAUGGCUUUCUUUCUCCCGCCUGUACUGCUGUAUUUACCCAACUUUUCAGAGAACUUUCUCCGUCAAUCGAUCGAUACUAUGUCAUUGGUGAUGUUUGUGUACAGUCAUCUGGUCAAUCUCAUGUGGAGACCCUGUAUCACCCUCUAAAAUAUAGAUUGGAGACUUUGUCAUCUUUUCAUUCACUCUCAGAUGCUUCCAGUCAACAGCCACUUAGGCAGAGCAAGGAAGAUGUCUGUGCUCAAGAAAAUACAGACAAGUAUUUGAACAGGAAAGAUGUGCAGCAGGCUCUCCAUGCCCGGCUCGUUGGAGUCCCAAAAUGGGUUUUAUGCAGCAAGUAAUAACUUGCACAUCUG